AUGGAAUCAUCUCAUUCGGAAUUGUGCUUUGGCGAUUUAAGUAGUUGGGAUGAUGAGGACUUCUUGACUUUGAAGGAUAUUUUGAGCCCAUUUAUCCCUUACAUUCGAUUCUUCGAAAUUUCUUCAAAAGAUUUUCAUAAUCAGGUUCGACCUUAUAAAAAAUUGUUACCUGAAGAACUCUUUGAAAGUGUUUUAUCCUUCUAUAUGACAAAUGAUCGACCUAGAGAUAUUUUGCCUCCUCGUUAUGGAAGGAUUGCUGUUAAUUCAAAAAUUAUUACACCAAAACAUGCGGCCAUCCUUGCUAAUUGGAUUCAAAGAAAACAUGCCAAUGCAAUAAUUCCAAAGGACCAUAGAUAUAAUAUGAAUCUAAUUUAUCGUGGAAAUAAAGACGGCUUUGAUAUCAAUGCUAUACGAAAGAAAUGUUAUGGACAGACUGGGUGUAUUUUGAUUAUUAAAAUUGCCGACGGGACUGUGAUUGGUGGUUAUAAUCCUCUUGGUUGGAAAGUUUAUGAAUCGGACGUUAAUCCUCCUAAAAGGAGAGUAAUAGCAACAGUAUUUUGGAUGACACUCAUAAACCUACUAAUUAUUGGUCGAGUUGAAAAUAGCGCAAAGGCAAUACAUGAAUCGAAUUGUUAUAAUCAUUUCUUGAAUUUUGGUUAUAGCGAUUUGGUUGUUAAUAAUAAGAAAGGUAUAUGUCAACAAAAGUAUUAUGAAAGUAGAAUUUUAGAUAUUUCUGAAUUUAACAUCGAGGAAAUGGAAAUUUUUACAUUUUCCAUCCAAAAGUUCUUUGUCGCAAGAGUGAUCGAUAAUAUUUUUAAAGCGGCAUUUUCUAAAUAG